GACUUUUCUUUUCUACACUCCCCCUUUUCUUGGUUUUUGGAUUCCGACAACAUGGCGACGGUCAUCUCUGUGAUGCUCGUGAGCUUCCAUCACACUCACGGCCCUCAGGUGGAAUUCGCGUACCCGGCGAUGCCAGCGUCACCCUCGACCUCCGCCGCCGAGACGAGUGCUGCGAACGCAAGCAAUACUGUUCUUCCUACUGCUUUGUCGGCAGUGGUCCAGAGGCCCGUCUCAUCGGACAACCCGGCGUCGCACACGUCAUCGCUCCAUUCUGCCACUCAUACCGAAGCUGCUGCUGCUGCUGCUUCCGACGAGACUGCUUCCAAUACGGCUCGUGCAUCGUUUGGCAUGAACACGUCUACCGCUGCGAGCACCGAGUCAUCCGAACAUGCAGCUGCCGCUCCGACAGUGAAGCUGCCCGUCGCUUGGGCCCAGCUCCCGUUCCUCGCAAUGCCAGAUGGCGCCCAUUCGCGUACGUCCGAUUUGGUUUGCUUCACUCUCCCCAUGCCGACCGAUUUGUCGCUGUUGCCAAACCACAUCUCGCACGAGUCGUAUGCCAAAACGCAAACUGUGUUUGGAUUGGCCUGCUUUCGCCAGCAAGACGCAGCGUCGUUCAAGACACGUUCGGCAGACGUUACCCGCAACACUAUUCAAAAGUCUGUGGUGGUGUUGAGCUUGGUGCCCAUUUUUGGCUUUUUGAAGCAAAAGACAGUUGCCAUGACAGAGGCCCUGUUUGACCAGCGUGACUUUACCGACCUCACGCUCCUCGAGCUUUUUUACUCGAGUAUCUCUGCAACUCUCGCGUCAAAAAUGGAUGAAUCCAGCUUGUUCAUUGACCUGUCUUGUCGAUCCUUGGUUCUUUCAUUCAAGCAUCGAUUGCUCAUGCUCUACAAGGCACUGUUACUGGAGCGCAAGAUCAUCUUUGCCGGACCAACGCUCGAGGCUUCCUGCUUUUCCCAGCUCGCGUUGCUUUCAUUGAUGCCGGGCUUGGUUGAGAGCGGCUUGUUUGCCUGCGCCAAGCUCGGAUUUGGAGUAUCCGACUCUGAGCACGAGAGCAACAACAUUGCGACGACUCAGCCAAGUAUCUCGUCGUUCCCCACCGUCAUUACAGACGACUUGAUCAAGCCGGGCACCGUCAAGCAGCAAGAACACCGCGUAUUGUUGCGUCGACUGGCUCUGCCGUUUUCCGUCUUUGGCGAGGGUUGCGUGUUUCUGCCAUAUUUGAGCCUGUUGCAAUUGGACACGUUGCGCUCGGAAAAGGCCCGCGGCGUGCUGGCUGGCGUUUCGUCCAUGUUCCUCUUGCUCAGGCCCGACCACGAAUUGGCUGUGACUAUCGAUCUUGCCGCUCAGAAGAUUGAGUUUCACGAUGACGACGUGAAGGAUGCCGUAGCUCUCACAACCGAAGACUUGCGCUUCAUGAGCAAUAUUGUUUCGGCGGUAGAGUCAUACGAGGCCCGGGCUGGCGGUCAAGACCAAGAUGGCUUUGUUUGGGAAGGAAGCGACGGUUGGAUUCGCGCGCAGUUUGAGUCGUACACUGUUGCGCUAGCUGCCUCCACGCUUGCUCAGCAAACACUGUCCACGUCAGAAACGGCUGCGAGGUUGCGCGAUUUCGGUGCCCGCUUCAUUCAAACCUGGUGGACGACGGCAAACUUUGCAGAGUGGAAGCACCGAGUUGAUUCGGACGUUUUGGACACGGUUUCAGCCAGACAUCCUUUCGCUGGGCAACUGAGUGUCAACGAUGUGUCUAUUCGGCUCAAUACACUUGUUGCAUCGCUGGAUCCGUCGAUUGUUGAGACUGGCGGCAAAGUCACUUCCUCGAUUGUCGAGACUGGGGGCAAAGUGACCUCUGCGAUUGGCGGCGCCUUCGGGUCGUUCACCAAGAGCGUGUCAGAUGCGCUCAAGGAGAAGCCACACGACCCUACCUCUGAUCACGCCGCCGUGGAACCGACGGCGUCAGAGCAAGCAGCGCACGCCGUCAAGCACGCAGGAGCGCAGCUCUCCACUGCUGUCGGGAGUGCGUACCGGGGAAUGCUGAGUUUUUGGUCUUCUGGCUCCUCGGCUGCUCCUGCAGCACCACCCGCCACGAAAGCAGACGAUGCAAGUGCUGUUCCCACCUCUACGCCAUGAAGCAUGCAAUUGCAGGGUUGGUUGUUGAGUAGAGUUUUCGAUCUCGACCGAAAGAAGACACACCGGCCAUUCACCAACUUUCCCCUUUCCCCCCCCCCCUCCGCCAAAUCUGUAGCCGCUCUGUCGUUCAGUUUAAUAAAGUAUUGUAUCGCCUCA